AUGUUUAUCCAUUUGUUUAGGACCGGGUCGUUACAGACUACCCUUUAUAAAAAUUUCGUCCUCGAAAUUUCGUACCUACCACUUGAAGGUGUAUGUGUACUUGUUGGCUGCGCAAAUCUUACAGCCUGGUGCUCCGGGCCGAGAGGAUGUGCGUUAACACGUGACGUCCUUCUUUUGGAUGCGAUGCAGUUGUGCGCGGGCGUGCCGGCACGGUUUACCGUUCGUCGAAAUGGUGAUGAGGUUUGGGUAGAAGACGGUUAA